AUGCCUAUGCUUAAAAAUCCAGCAACGAAAUACAGGCCGUUCCCGCCUGUCAGUUUACCUGACCGCCAAUGGCCAAAUAAAACAAUUACAAAGGCCCCCAGAUGGCUCUCUACAGAUUUGCGAGAUGGUAACCAGUCGUUGGUUGAUCCUAUGGACGGUGACCAAAAAUGGCGCAUGUUCAGGAUGCUUGCCGAGCUCGGCUAUAAGGAAAUUGAGGUUUCGUUCCCUUCUGCAUCGCAGACCGACUUUGACUUCACCCGCCGUCUUGUCGAGACACCAGGCGCUGUACCCGACGAUGUCUGGCUCCAAGUCCUCUCCCCUUGCCGAGAAGAUUUCAUUCGCCGCACAAUUGAGUCUAUGAAGGGCGCCAAAAAGGCAAUCAUUCACCUAUAUCUCGCAACUUCAGAGUGUUUCCGUCGGAUUGUGUUUGGCAUGACCGAGGACCAAUCUCUGGAGCUCGCCGUAAAAUGCACAAAACUUGUCCGAAGCUUAACCAAAGACAACCCAGAUGCGCAGGAUACUGAAUGGGCCUAUGAGUUCUCCCCUGAGACUUUCAGUGACACUCGUCUUGACUUUGCUAUUCGUAUCUGCGAAGCCGUUAAAGCUGCUUGGGAGCCUACAGAGUCUAACCCAAUCAUUUUCAACCUCCCUGCGACUGUCGAAAUGUCUACUCCCAACGUUUAUGCGGACCAAAUUGAGUACUUCUGUCGUGGAAUCACUGAGCGUGAGAAGAUCUGUAUUUCUCUGCAUCCACACAAUGACCGUGGCUGUGCCAUUGCCGCUGCAGAACUCGCUCAAAUGGCUGGUGCGGACCGAGUCGAAGGUUGCCUCUUCGGCCACGGUGAACGUACCGGUAAUGUCGACCUCGUCACUCUGGCGCUGAACCUCUAUACCCAGGGUGUCAACCCCAAUGUUGAUUUCUCAGACAUCACCAAAGUCAUCGAUACGGUUGAAGAUUGCACUAAGAUCCCUGUUCACCCCCGUGCACCCUAUGGGGGCCAGCUCGUUGUAUGUGCCUUCUCUGGUUCUCACCAAGACGCCAUCAAGAAGGGCUUCAAGGUGCGCGACGAUGCGGGCGUUGGUGAAGAUGGCCAAUGGCAGCUUCCUUACCUCCCUCUUGACCCCGCUGAUAUCGGGCGUACAUACGAGGCGGUUAUUCGUGUCAAUUCACAGUCCGGAAAGGGUGGUGUGGCAUGGGUUAUUCAGCGUGCUCUCGACUUAGACUUGCCCCGCGGUCUUCAGAUUGCAUUCUCAAAGGUCGUACAGAAGCAUGCAGAUGAGCUCUCCCGCGAGCUGAAGCCACAUGAGAUCCAGCGUUUAUUUGAGACGGAGUAUCAUCUCAAUACACCCUCGAGAAUCAGUCUCAUUGACUACGAAUUCUCAACUGAUCGCUCCACUUCGCCGUCCCCGGGACUUGGGAAACAGAAUGUUACUCCUCGCCGUACCUUUGCGGGUAUCAUCUCUAUGGAUGGGCGUGAGCACUCAAUUAAGGGUAUAGGAAACGGUCCUAUCUCCUCCUUAGCUGAUGCGUUGAAGUCGGUAGGUGUCGAUUUGGAUGUCAGGGACUACAAGGAGCACGCUAUUGGACAAGGGAGGGAUGUGAAGGCAGCAUGUUUCAUUGAGUCCCUGAUCAGAACACAGGAGGGUGGUAAGGAGACGGUAUGGGGCGUGGGUAUUCACGAAGAUGCGGCCCAGGCCAGUUUGAUUGCCGUCUUAGGUGCGGCUAGUAAGCUCGUAUCAUCUCGUCCUGGUACGCCACUGCCACUACAGCGAAAGGAGCACCUUGAAGCUCCAAGGUCUAGCCUGGCUUCAGAGAUAAAGGUUAACAUUAAUGGCUUGGAACAAGCUGCUGCGAAUGGAGUACAUUGA